AUGGUCUUGCAAGAGAGAUUAAUCCCUCAUUGCUCUCCGCAUCGCAGGAGUGCCUGGAAACCCAAUUCUCGGAGUGGUACACUGCAUUAA